AUGGGCGUCCUAAAACUGAAAAGUGACAAGAAGAAGAGGGAAAAGGCAAAGGAAACGAAAAUAGAUUAUGCAAAAUGUUUAAAAAGAACAAAAAUUAAGGAGAAAAUAAUUAGGAAAGACACCGAUAAUGAAUUCGACCUCUCAAUCUUCGCCAAAACAGAUCAUGCAUCGAAUAAAAUACGACAGUUGAAUUAUGCCAAGCUAGUUAAAGCUAUAAGAAAGGACAAAAAUUUAAUUGCUAAUCAUGUGCAGAAAAUUUUGGAGAUUUACGGAAAGGGCAUUAUAGAUGACGAUGAAAAUGUGCGUAAUUAUUCCUCCAAAAUAUUUUACCAUUUGGUGAAUAGCCACAUCGAUUUUGACGUCUUUCACAGCAAGAUAAAAACUUGCUUGUUUCACUCGCUGAAAAUAGGAAGAGUCUCUCUGAAGGUUCUAAACCUGGAGCUGUGUCACAACUUCUUUUUUACGAAGAUUCACUACUCCCAUAAGUUUUUCUAUGAAUUUCUGAGCAACAUAAUGGCCUGCUUCGUUUCUCUGCCCAUAGAGAAGCAGGUUACAACGGUGAAGUACCUCUUCCUUUUGUUCAAGCAUAAAGCGAGAUUCAAGCGGGGGGGGAGGAACCUGUCCAGUAAGGUGAGGCAAAAUGGAAGAGGUGGUUCUCUGGAAGAGACACCCAUUGAUAUAGCAGAGGAGGGUGGUCCUGUCCAGGGGGAAGAAGUUCAGGAUGACGAAUCGAGUGGAGACCCGGACAAUUGCUACGAAUUCAUAACGCGCACGAACAAGCGAAACAGCUGUAACGACCCCUUCCUCCUGAAGAAGGAGAAAAAAACGAGCAUUCAGGUGGGAACGAAGAUGGAGAUUUUCACAAAGGUACUUCAAUCUCUGUACAACUUUAUGGAUGAAGUGGUAUACAAUUCGAUGAGCGUAGAUUUGAUUCACCUGUACACAAACAUUUUAAAAGUAAUAACCUUCAUGAUGAAGAAAAAGAAAAUAAUUUUGAAGGAAGAAAUUAUGACCCUAAUUAACAAUUUUCUACACAAAACAAUUGGGGUAAUAAACGAACAUAUAGUUAAUUUAAGUAGCUGCAAAAAAGUGUUGAAAAUAAUUUUCUACUUCGUCCUCUUGGUAUUAUCUCUGUGCGGCAAAGAGAUGAACCACAUGGAAGACGCCAAUAGGAAGGUUCCAAUGAACUACAUAGGGUUAUUAAAAUAUUGCCUCUGUAUUUACUUUUACGCUCUCUUACGAUGUGAAUUUUUUACUGUAGAAAAUUUGGAUGUGCAAAAAAGGGGGGGCGCUUCAAAUGGGGAUGUAAAAAGGGGAGGGGAUUCGUUUCAUAUCGAUGCAGGGACAAGUCACACGGAGGUAAGUAGCGAUGUAGUCAAGAAUUUCUGCGAUAGGAAGAAGAAGAGGGGGCCACAGAAAAAUGUAGAGAAGUACGGAAGAAAGUACUUUUACCUGUUAGUUUGCCUGUAUGAAAUGUUUAUUCACCGAAAGGAUAAGAAGAUGUUGUGGCAAGAUGGAGCAUCCCGUGAGGGGAAAACAAGCGGGAAGAACACCAACCAGGAGAAAAGCAACAAGAGUAAUAUUGUCUAUAGUCAUGCAGAUAGGAUAAUCAAAUUAUUAGAAAAAAAUAUACGCAUGUAUGACAGUGGCGAAGAUGUUAGUGUUCUAUGUGGAUUCGUAUUAAAAUAUUUGAGCACCUUUUCGCAAAGCAGUAUAGACCAGAUGGAUCACUUUUGCUAUUUUGUAAUUAUCCUUGCGCAACGGGCAAAUGGAGGGGAGAAUGAACCUGAUAGUGAAGGGCCAUUUGUAGGGGAAGGACUCUGCAGUACUGGAGAGGAAAACACACAACAGAAUAGCAACCAGUGGAAGAGUGCGGAUCACUUGGAUGAGGAAGGCUGCCAAAAAUGGAGGUCAUCAUUUCCAUUCUUAACCACACCAUUCAUGUUCGUACUUUUAGCUGACUGUGAAUGCUUCAUAAAUAAUAACUUCUUCAAUACAUUUUUCGAAGCGUUUAACGAAGAAGAGAAGACUAAAACCAUGGAAGCUAUUUCGUUUGUGCAGAAUGGAGGAACUGCGAUCAACAUUGUUACGAGACAGACUUUUAAUUAUUUUGUUGGAAAAUUAUUUUCCAUUUUGUACAGGUAUGAUAAUGCCCUUUUUGUGAAUAAUUGCCUUCUUUUCCUUUCCUUCCUAACUGUAAAUAAGCGCAAAGUGAAGAAGGCGUACGUGGAUUUUAACCAUUGCAUUGGCACGAAGCUGGAAAUGGAACAACUGCUGCGCCUCGAUGUAAGGACCUCCUUGGAUGGCGUGAUGAAGGAUAAAGGAGAGAUACUGAUUGAUCACUUCUUAGGAAAAAAUAGACACAUCAUCCACUCCUUUGAGAUAAUUUGUAAUCUGUAUUUUGUGUACGAAAAUAGGAAUAGGAAUUUGCUCUUGUUCAUUUAUUUUUUGAUUUUAAAAUUUGAGAGGGAGGGGAAGAGUAGCAUGCACUUUGCCCUGGGGGAGGAAGAAGCCAUGGUUCUUCUAGAUCGGGUUUUUCGUACCCAGAUAUGUAAUGACUAUACAUGCGUAGGAAACGCUCAGGAUAUUUCCUUCGAUUUGGUUGAUCUUUCCGCUGAGGGGGUUCUCCAUUGCGAUGCUGGGGUCAACCCAGAUGGGGGGAAGACAGAAGAAGACACUGCUUUCCAUUUGCACGAAGAGAAAUGCACAUUUAGGAUAAACAAAGAUUAUCUAUACAGGGAAAAUUUUUUACUUUUCUUUCUCAAAAUGAGCUUAUCCGAAUGGAAUUUUAUCGUUCGAAAUGACAUAUACAAGGUUAUGCAUGUGAAUUCUUCAGAUCGAGAUGGACACAAAACAAAUGGGCAAAUAUCAGGUGGAGAAAAAUAUGACAACCUCAUUUUGAUUAUAAAAAGAAUGGCAUUCAUCAUUUCGAAUGUUACCAUAUGUAUUGAGAAUAAGGAAAAGAAUCUAAAUAACUUCCUUUUCAUAAUGGAUUACUUAUUUGGGGUAAUGGACCGAGUGGGAUUGACUGCUCUCCCACUGUCAGGGAGUUCAAAAGAUUGUGAUAGAUUAUUUGUACUGCUUAAAGUGGUUUUUCUGUUUUAUUUCGCAUCUUCUUAUUUGUCCCCCUGUUUGUUGUCGAAGAGGAGGGGAUAUUUUCUUCCGGAUGGAGGAGUAAUCGAUGUGAACAGAAAUUGUAGAGAAAGGGAAGUUACUGACUUUUUCGUCGGUACGAAGGAGGGAGAAAGGGAUUUACAGGAUGCUGCAGUGGUUGGGAAGGAACAUACCUACUACAACCACAAGGCAGAUGUGACGGUUGACGUAUCUACUUUUGUUUCAUUCGUGAAGGAUAUCCUUUCCAAAGAUGGCAACAUGGAAGAAAAACCUCAAUUGGAUAAGUUUGCAUAUUUGAUGCCGAACUACCAAAUGGCCUGUAAAUAUUUUGAUGUCCUAUUUGAGCAGGGCGUUAUGUACACAUGCAGCGUGAAUGAUGACCUUGAAAAAAUGGCAUGUGAAAACUUGGAAUAUAAUCUGAGCACCCACAUAAAAUUUCAAAAUAUGCUCAUGAGAAUUGAGAGCAGUAUAACCAUCGUUAGUUUUCGUAGCAUCGUAGAUCUACCUGUAAAGGGUAUCAUCAAAUUGUUGGCAAUUACGAUUUUUAAAAUGUCACUUAACAGGAACAUUUUGUAUGGUCGAUUGGUAAAUAAUUCGGACUGCCUUUUGAAUGAGUCUCUUUACGAUUUAAAUUUUUUCAUUUUUUUUCAUCAUUUCGUGUCUUGUUUGAUUGAAAGAGUUAGGAAUUUUUCUGAUGGUCCCUUCUCCCAGCGCAGUUACUACUCCAUCUCGUUCUUAAUAGAUAUCCUUCUGUGUGCGUACUGCAUCAUGGAGGAGGUCGCGAAGACGAUGGAGAUGACACCCUAUCGAGGAAGCCCAUCAGAUAGGGCAGAUAAUUCAGAUGACCCGGAAAUGAUGGGAAAACCCCCACUUGCAGCAGGAAAAGGGAGCCUGGAAAAACUUAAUGAGCGGCUGAGAUGCAUACUGAACGAAAUUCCACAGAAGGAAAAGAGAUACCAUUUCCCGCGCAUCAAGUUGCUAGUGGAGAAGUAUCUCUAG